AUGAGUAACAUAGCUACUAGUCAUACUCCCAAUAACAACCCAGUCCACUCCUUUCAAGUCUCUCUCUCCCUUUGGAAUGCCAAUGGUCUACGUCAAUCAACAGUACAUGAUGUUCUCCAUCAUGUUCAGAACACUCAUGUACUGCUUGUCACUGAAACCUGGCUAACCUCUGGUUCUUUCCCUACUAACUGGUCUCAAUUCCACCUCUAUGGCUCUAAAGUACCUGGUGCAUUUAACCGUGGUUCUGGUGGCAUUACUGCCUUUGUCUCUCCUUCCUGUCCUUUCUCUGUCUCUCAACUUCCGUCUUACAAUGCACACACUUUGUCCCUUAAGGUUGGCACCCUUACAGUUCAUUGUGUGUAUCUGCCUCCACCCUUAUCUUCGGAUAAGGUGCUCUCGCUUCUUCGCUCGUUACCCGUAACCAGUGAUACCAUCCUUUGUGGUGAUUUCAAUGCUCGCUUUGGAUCUCUACUGGGUGAUACUAAUGCUAAUCCUCGUGUACCUCACUACUUCCAUGGCUGGAGGAGCUCAAUUGGUGUGAAAUCUGGUCGUCCUGGCCACUGGAAAAAGUACUGGACACAGGAAAUUGAGGAUGCUGCUCGUGAAAGAGAUACUAGUAUAGUAGAUGGAGGUGGGGCAAGUCGUUUUGCCAAAGUCGAAACAUGGAAUCUCUAUCAAGCUGCUCACAGGCGUUUUCGUUCUCUUGUACAAGCUGCUAAGCGUCGAUCGUGGAAUCAGUUUUGCUCUGAUUUAGAAAAGGACUUUUCGAAAGCCACUGCUGCAAUCAAGCGCAUUAAAAGAAACAAGGAAUGCUCUGCAACGUACAGUCAUCCAGACGGUCCAACUGCCUCUGUCAACACAUGGCGUCCCAUCUUGCCUCAGUCUAUGAUGGCUCUUUGUUGA